AUGAAACAUCUUCGUCUGCGGGUUAAAUCACAGCGAAGUAAGCGUACUAAGUUUUAAAAGAAUUAAAGAUCGAAGAUGUCUUCUGCAAGUAGCAGUCGUCUUUGUUGCUGCUUCCGUUCGAUGUGGGCUUCAACAGUGCAGUUUAUUGUGUCACAGGAUGAGAGUGUUAGGCGGAGACGACGCUUGUUGUUGGGGGUUGUUGUUUUACUGCUGGUGGACGUUCUUUGGGUCGGCUCGUCAGAACUGACAGAUGUGAGAACAAAUUUACUACUAAUUAUCAAUAAUUUGUUACUAGAUAGCGUACGAAAAUUACCACCAAAUAUUUAAAAGCAAGCCGUUUCAUCAGAACAUUGCAAAAUAGCAACCUUGCCAGAUGAUAUGGUUGCUAUUUUGGUGAUCAAUACAAAAUACACAUAUUUUUUUACACAGAAUUUGUAUGAGAACAGAGUUUAAAGUUUCUAGUAGAGAGAAAUGCUCUCGUUAUUGACUACCAAAAUGUUUACCAUGAUGUCACUGCAUGUAAACCGGCUGAUGUGGUUGCUUUUAUCGGGGGUGGACCAUUAAUUUGAAAAGUUAUGGAAGGGGUGGGGAAGUUUUUGAGCUGCAUGAAUGUUUUUGUUAACAUGUCCAUUAUUUCUUUAGUUGUUUUUCCCUUGCAUUAAUUUUGUGUGUGUGUGUGUGUGUGCUUGUUCCUCCCUCUCCCCACUUCCUCCCAUAGCUUUUCUAAUGGUUUGCCUAAUAAAUAGAAUGGCAAGAAACUGGUGGGACUGUGCAAAUAACUGAUAAAUAAUCCAUUUCCCAUUAUUUAUUGAGUCGGUUGGAGUUAGAUUAUGUCUUCAAUGCAGCAUACCAACCACAUAACCUCUCUACCUUUCCAAACACAGUUCUGACCCCUUUGCAGUGGCAUUUUCAGACCAAACUGAGGCCCAAAGUCCUGAAAAAAUUUUUUUGCAGACCAGCCCCCCAACCCAAGUUUGCUUUCCACUAGACACAUACAGUAAAUAGUCACCAUCGCUGGCAUCGCAGGGUUGUGUAAAUAAGAAGUGGAAUGUGUAAGUUAAAGAUUCUUUCACUCUCUCAUAUCUGUCAAAAAACCAUGUUGCCCAGAUCUCCAGUAAGUCCAUAAUGAUUACAAUCUUGUUUACCGUAGUGAUUCGGUUAUAAGGCGCACGGUUUUUUCAAGAAAAAUCUGUCUUUGGGUGGCAAGUUAGUGCUAAAAUUGGGGUGCGUCUUAUAGCCAAGUAUUUUCACGUAACAAAAUCUUAAGAUCACAAUUUGAGAAGAACUUACAGUUUAAAAAACACAAGAAAAAGACACUUGCUGUUGAUCAUUGACUUUUAUAGAUUUGGUGGUUCUGAAAAGAACCGGGGUGGCUCUGAAAAGAGCCAUUGUAUGUCUUAAUCAACAUUCUCACUGCUUUUUAUGGUUUACACAGAGUUAGGAAUGUAGUUUUCAGUUAUACUUACAUCUAUUUUGACCAAAACCUCUUUCUUUGCAGUUUAUCUUCAAAUAUGAAGGAUUUGACAAGCCUUUUUUCACCACAUUCUUCAAGACAUCAUCAUUUAUGAUAUAUUUGACUGGAUUUCUUUUUUAUGAGCCAUGGAGGCUUCAAUGUAUUGCAUGCUUAAAGAAUGAAACAUCCUCAAAUGUAAGUGACAAGAAAGAACAUUAUGAUCUCUAUGCAGAUCCUUAGAUUAUUAUUUGCCAUUUGCACAGCUCCCAUAAAACAACUUGUUUAUCUCCCAAUUUUUGAAAUUUUUGUAAUUUUUCCAACUUCUUGUGAGAUGACUGUAAUACUCAGGUGGAAAUUGAAACAAAGGGUGUGCAACUUUUGGGGAGGGCGGUGGGGGAAGCAAAUAAGGUUUAUUUGGGGUGAUGUGCAAAUUGGCAAAUUAAACUUUCAAAAUAUUUUUUUUCAUAUUUAGGGGGGUCACCACAUUAAAGUUCACAUGCAAUAUAGAGAAUCUGUUAGUUAAUUCAAGGUCACGUAGGGCUUUCUAUUGGCAUCUCUUAAUUUUUUUCACUUGAAAAUGCAGCUGAUUCCUUAUCUUGAAUUACCUCCUGUUUUGUUCAACUCUCUAUUAUAAAAUCUAAAACCUACUUCUUUUUCUCAGUUAAAAUCUGUGAUCUUACCCUAAAAUUUUUAAAGCUCCUCCAGGGCUGCAAAUAACGGCCGGUCAACGGACAAUGUCCGGUCAAAAAUUGGUUUUGUCCGGGCAUAUCCUUAGAUGGCCGGACAAUUUGUCCGGUCGUUUACGCUGGUAAGGAAAAAAUUUAGAGUUUCAAGUUUUAAAUAUUUAAAGGUUUAAUAUUAUUGGCGUUUGUGAAAAAGGAAGGGAACAGACGGAUACUUAACUACCAGACAGGGAACGUUUAAUAAAUGAUUCGUAGUAGUCAUAAAAUUUCCGGCUGUCGUUGCACAUUUUCGCUUUGUCAUUCACCAAGUCGUCACCGCAAAUUAGCGGGUCUUAACGAUGUGUACCUACCCUGAGUACCAGAGGCUUUUCAUGCGCGGUUUCCGGUUUCGGUCAAGUCUUAAAAAGUGGCCGCUCGUCUCUUCGGCCUUCGGCCGAACACGCGCGAAGCUCCCCGACGCACGCGAGAAAAAACCUCUGGUACCCAGGGUAAUGUGUACCGGUCACGGGUGUGAAUUACUUUAUUAUUAGUCCGUGUGGGUUUUGUAAACAUGAUGUGAGAAGGACAACAAAACCUCUCAGUGUCGGUACAAGGGUCAUGAAAAUAACAAUAACAAGAAAGCAAGCUUACAUUCAUUUGUCUACUUGACGACAUUUCCGUGUUAAUCACUUAAGCUUUAAAUACCGCGAUUAACUAAACAUUCUAUUUUCUAGGGAAACAAACCUUUUUAGCAGCAAAUUCAGAUAUGACAACAUGUAAACUUUACCUGGCCUAAAUAGGUCUAAAUACGCGAUUCAUCUCAAACGAUUGACCGCAGAUUUCAUUGUGUUACUUGUCACGCAUGAUGCGUGGGUACUUGACUGAAGCAAAAAUCCCAUAAGUUUCACCGUUGACAGGUCGAAACACGAUGGAUUAGAAAGAAAUUGUAUUUGCAAUAAUCCUUUACAAAUGUUGUCAAUGUGGUAUGUAACGACUUCAGUUAAACAGGUAACAUGUGAACAUAGUCAUCAACAUCUUCGAAACCCCUUUCCAGUGCAUCCGGGUGUUCCCUUGUUAUGUGUCCAAACUGCGUUUCCGUAAGAUGAUGUCCUCGGAUGUCUAAAAGAACUCUUCCAUUAUUGUAUUUUAAAAGUUCAAUCACGCAUCUUAGGGAUAGAGCUUCCCUGUUUCCGGUAACAUUUAAAAUCAACUAGAUUGCAAGCCUUAGUCAAUUUCAUCAACUUCAUAACUAACCGUAUAUAAGACGCAGAACUGAAGCAAUAGUAGUACGCACAAACGUGAUACAGAUUUUGCUGUACCAUGCGUUCCACUUUUCCUGCAUUGAGAUCGAUGCUCACGUACAAUAAAUGCUUUGAAAAUUUACUUGUUUCAUAUUUAAACAUCACGUGAAGGGGGGAGGAGGCACUUUUAUAGCAAUAAGACGUAAUCGAUGUUUGUCCGGCCAAAAAUGGGAUAUGUCCGAGCAAAAAUAGGUUUGACCGGACAAUUUGACCGGCGCCAGCCGGGAAAUUAUUUGCAGCCCUGUCCUCCAAACAUGAAACAAUUUUCCUUUCCCAGGGGUUAGAAAACUGGAUGAAUUGCUGUAGCAUUUUGUCUGGACCUUUUUUUUCAGGUCGUGGUAUCUGCUGUAAAUCAAGACAGUGAACACACAUCUCUUUUAAACUCACCUUCAUCCUCAGGGGAAACUACCCCAAUCCCAAGACAACUAAUGGUGAGUUACAUCGUUUUAAACUUCCAAAGGAAGCCACAGUUAAAAUUCAACAAAUUUCAUAAAUUUCAUGUUAUAAAAUGCUGAAAUAGAGAGGUUUCACUUGUAUGGUGACCGUCAGUUCAUAAAACUUUUGUGCAAACACUCGAAAUUAUAACAACCAUAUAUUAAUAAGAUAAAAUAUUAAAUAGCAAAAUGAAUGACUCGUUACCCCCCUAAUGGUACCUAUACUACUCGUCACCUGUUUUACAAACUUCUCUUGACACUCUCCCAGUAAACAGUGUUGAAAUACCCAGGUAAAACAAAUUAAUGAAAACUAUCGCUUUCAUCUUAGUAACAAUGGUUAAACUUUGUUUGCCUGCGGCCUGCAGUUUUCAUUACUGUCUUUUGUUAAUUGUCAGAAUGAGCCAACUUUUGAAGAAAUGACAGACGAAGAAAUUUCAACCAGCCGAUCAGCUGAAGUAGCUAGUAGUUCCUUUGAAAUAAUUCCAAGUAAGUUAAAAACACAUGCCUUGGAGAGAGAUUUACCUAGUGCUUACUAAUAGUCUGGGUGCCCUGUGACUCACAUCCAACAUUGUCAUUGCCUAAAUUUAAAGUAAAUUAAUGUUAACUUUUAAUCACAUGCAUGGUACACUAUCAACUGCAAAUACUUUGCAAAAUCAGAUAACAGAAUUAGGUAAUUUUACAAGUGGUAAUCAAGUGAAAAAUAUUUUGAAUAUUGGUCACUUGCUUUAAUACACUCAUUAUCUUAACUAUAUAACAGGACCUAGGCGGGUGACAUUUAGCAGUGUGAGAGAAGUGCGGCAAUUAUCAGGUAAAUACAUGUAAUUUGGUUUAUUAGGGAACUUUUUUUGGAGAGUAUUUACAGCUCAAUCAUGAAAAAUUUCCAUGUUUUAAAUGGAGCAAAUUGGCAUUUUUCAGACCAUAAUUCUGAACAGGCAAGGCUGACCAGACUUCCUUACCACUUGGGUGAAGAUCAGAAACUUCCUGUCCAUCGUGUUGCUAGGGUUGCCUUGCUAUUCUGCUUACUGGUGAGUUGUAAGGCUUUUUUGAAGUAGUUAGGUGGUGAGGGAGGGUGUGUCCAUGUGAUGUGACCAAACCCUCUCUCCUGGGGAAGUUAACAAAUCAAGAAUGAGCUGAUGGUGAGUGGUUUCACUGCAAAGUUUUUAAUAUUUUGAUGUCAUUUCCAUGCUUGAUAACAGUAGAGACUAUGAAAAAUUGUUGUCAAGUUGUUUUUUACAAUAACAUUGAGAGUUUUGACAUCCAUUUCCUUAGAAAUUUCUUGAAAAGUUGCACAUACAAGACAGAGAAGAACAAAUUGUGCCACCAUCACAACAUUUCCAUGGUCUGCAUGUUUAUCAAACAAAGCUCUCCACCAAUCAUUGCACAAGAAAUCACUCAGUUAUUGUAAAAUGAAUAUUUCUCACUAUUAUGAUCACCAUUUGUAAAACCAUUUAGGGGUAAAAACUAGAGGUUGUGUCUCAGGGUGUUUCUUCAGUUCAAGUAGUUACAUCAGGAUUGGCAAACCUACUACUAUGCUACAUUUUGAAGUCAGAUUUUGAAAUAUUCUGGUCUGUCUCCUGUGCAGAGGCUCAAAGGGGCAUGGUAAAGGGGGGGUCCAAGUGCAAAAUUUGGUCAGUAAUUGGCAAAAAGUUUUGUGCCUGCACUCACUUCGUACAGAAGAGAGAAAUAUGUGGUGACUAUGUUUAACAUCCUGCACACCCCUUGCCCUUCUUGCAAUAUUUUUUAAACAUUUACUUCCUUUGGAGUUUCUUGCAUUCACUGUUGGAGACAAUGAUCAUUAGUAGAUUUCUCUACUGACUAGCUUCUCUUCCAUAGUGGUUUUGUGCUAACUGCAGUUAUCAGGAAGCCAUUGCACACACGUCACCAGCAGCAGUAAAUAUUUUGUCAUCCUCAUCAGGUAAGAUUACUUGCUAUAGGUAUUCCUUAGCCUAAAAUUAGCCUCUCAAGUGGGGUUUUUGUUCUCUUUUUGCAUUGGCUUAGGCUUAUCAGUGUGUAAUGUGUGCUGUCUCAUUUCACAUCUUACCUGCACUCACUUAACAAGAGAGCUCCCCAACACCUUCACAUAUUUUAUCACCUUUUACAUGCAAAUUUGGCAUCAUUGUGGCCAAAAUUCUGUGAUAUGACCAUUUAGCACUAAUUUUCAGGUUUCUCUUUGCCACUUAACAAAAUUUUAUAUUUAGAUGACGUCUGUUUUUUUUCUUUGAAAAGUUGACUUUGUUUUCUUGUUAUGUGAGAGAGAAGUUGUUAACUCUCAGUCAGAUCAAUGCAUUUAAUGCUUCAUUUUUAAAGACAACUUUUUGAUGGAUUAAAGUAAUAGUAUUUUUUAAUUUGAAUUUUUUCCAGGGUUAUUUACACUCAUAUUAGCAUCUGUGUUCCAGAGUUCAUCUGCUGAUAAAUUCUCCAUCACAAAACUACUUGCUGUUCUUAUGAGGUGAGUUAGUUAAUAAUGAGUAAAGAAGUGCCUUUUUUAGAUUACUGCGAAGUGAGUGGAGGGUUUCAAAGUCUAUAGCUAGGUAGCCUUAGUAUCAGGUGUAGGAGGGUCUGAUGCUCAGGCUAAUAUGUAGCUAGGUUGAUCGAACACUCUUCCCCAGAUAUUUUCAGAUGGUACAUUUGAAUCUGUAACCAUGGCUGUCAUUAAGUGCUGGGGGUGGGGAUUUCCUCCAGCUACAUAAACCUGUUCCCCACUACUUUCAUAGGAAAAGAAAAGAUUCCCUGCUUGCUUAUUGUAUUUACCCGGAAACUUGAAAUCUUAGUGAUAUCUCCCUGUAUAACAUUGGCUACCAGUUAUAAUAAGCAUUCAAUCUGAAUGAUCUUAUCUUACAGAUGAAUAGGGGACUGUAAGCAAUGGAAGUUUUGAAAGCUCUAAAACACAAUUUGUCACUGUUGAUGAUGACGAUGAUAAAUAAUAAUAAUUAUAGUAAUUAUUAUAAAUAAAUACUAAAUUACCCACUCCCCUUAUGGGGCUUUUCAGGUAUAAUGUAACAAUAGUUCAAAUAGGACAUAAUGUGUUUAAGAAUCCCAACUGGCAGGAGGCGAAACAAGUCGGCUAUUUACAAUUCAAAGUAGACAGAAGUGUUGUCGAGGAUUUGAACUUGGGACUGCCUUGAACAAAUCCAGCUAGUGGUCAGAGCGGGACUUGAACUCAAGGCUUCCAGAUUACAAGUCCAGCGCUCUAACCACUCGGCAACGCUGCCUCCACAUGAUGAUGAUAAUAUUAAUGAUGAUGAUGUUCUUCUUCUUCUUCUUCUUCCAUGAAACCCUGCCUCAAAAAUGAUGAGAAUGAUGAUGAUGAUGAUGAUGAUGAUUAUUAUUGUUAUGAUGUUAUAUGAGAGAGGUGUCUACAAUAGAAUUUUGCUUUAAAUCGAUAUUAAUGUUACUCUAAAUGUAUAUUUUCUUUUCAACAUGAUAGCAUCACGGGGAUAGUGUUGGUGACACUUUCUGACUCCAAGAGCAAAGCUGGUGGGAUAAGUGUGGGAGCAUUAUGGGCUCUGGCCAGUGCAUUUUUGUGAGUUUGUUAAAUAGCUACUCUUCUCUCUUUUUAUGACACCGCUUCUUUCUUAGCACUAAUUGUGUACUGUUGUUCACUAGGUAUUCCUGUUAUUUAAUUAUGCUGAAACACAAAGUCCCUGAUGAGAAACAAAUGGAUAUUCCAAUGUUUUUUGGUAAGCAAUAAUAAUAUUUAUUUAUUUUGAUGAAAAGGUGAACAGGUUGAUUGGUUUGCCUCUUCAUAGCUGUCUCCGAUAUUUUGUGAUGAACAGAUUCUCCAAUGAUCUGUCAGCUCUCUGUUAGUCAACAGGUAGCCAACAAUUGUCAUGGGUCUCAUUGCUGGUCUGUAGCUGACAUCAUCUUGGUCCAUUUGUUUUGUUUUGUAAAUUAACAUGAACGCCUUGCAGGGUGCAAAGAAAGUCAGUUUUACAGCCUGCCAUUCAGGCAAGCUGUAGAUAGCAUGUACUAGCCCACAAAUCAUUUCAACUAGCCCCAAAACCCUUUUUGAUUGGUAGGAUUGAUAACAAUCCUUCUGUAAUUUGAAUUUCCCCCAAAAAACAGCACUUGCCUGCCGGGCAAGAUAAGAACCAAAAACACUAGCCCUAAUAGCAAAAUCCACUAGCCCCGGGCUAUCAGACAUGACUUUCUUUGCACGCUGCCGCCUUGUCAAAUGGUUGCAAACUAACAACAUGAAAGUAAAGGCCAGGAACUGCAAACAAAUUUUGUGUUUGUUGCUCCUCAACAGUUCAAACCAUAAUUUUUUGUUUGCUGGCCUUGCGCUUGACAUACCGGUACAAAACACUUUUAACGUUUCUUCUGCUUCCGGAGAUAUCCGAUGCACCUAUUUCCCAACGGCUCUCUAACAAUAGUCUCUUAUUUUAAUCAUUGCAGGCCUUGUUGGAGCAUUUAAUUUUUUCCUUCUUUGGCCAGGAUUUCUAUUCCUCAAUUAUUUACGGUUAGAAGUAUUUGAACUCCCCCCAAGUGCAACAGUGUGGGGCUACAUAGCUCUGAAUGCUUUCAUUGGAACUGUGCUGUCAGAAUUCCUAUGGCUUUGGUAAAUAUUACUUUACACAUUGGUGAUUACAGUGGAUUCACGUGACUGCAGCAAUUACUUUUUGACUGCUGUGGCACUGAAGUAAAAAUCAAAGCAUAUACUUGGGCCAAUCUCAGCACCCAUCUUAGCCUAUUCUUAGCCAAUAACAGUCCGAAGCAAGGACGUGUAGCCGGCGUCAAAAAGCGCGGGAAAACUCGCACGAGCAAAUGUGAUUGGUUGAAAAAGUAACUUAGCCAAUGACACAGCUGAGCGUUGCAGGGUCAACUCAGCUUUCCCCAGUAUUGAGUCCAACAGUUUCUGAGUUCGGGUCUUACGCUAGCCUAAAUUUAUUCAGGCUUUCUUUAGUUGCGUAUAUAACUGUGAUGAUUAAAUAAUGAUUUAAUGAUUUAAUUGUGUUAUUCAAUCAUUGCAUAAAACUUGGACAUUUUCCAACUUAUCAAUAACAGUUUUUCCCUGAAUCGUUUCCCAGGGGUUGCUAUUUGACGUCAUCAUUAACAGCGACGCUGUCUCUGAGUCUGAUUAUACCGCUGACCAUGUGUGUCGAUGUGUUCAUGAGGAGGGUAAGAUCACUGCUAUAUAACGGAGCUUUAGCAACGAAGACGCGACACGGCGAAAACGUGACUGUUACAAUGAAUUUGUCUUUCCUCAAACGUCACCGCUCCAUUCAAUUAUUGCUAAGUAUUCUCGGUGUUUCUUAUUUUGUAGGUUCAUUUUUCGUGGAUGUUCUUACUUGGCACCAUACCCGCCUUUGCGUCAUUUUUUGCCGUGAGUUUACUUACACAUUACGGAGACUGGGACCCCAUCUUGAUCGGCUUAAAGAAACUUUUGAACGUUAGAAGACGACAGAUGACUAGAGGGUAAGUAAGAUGAGUAAGUAGUGAAGCUCUCACUGGUAUUUUUUAUCGACGUUUCCUCGUUUCUUCCCCUAAAAUACCAGAAAAAUAACAUCAGCUUACGUUAGUCUUGUUGAGGACUGGUCUACUCUACAGUACUUUCUUUCCGAACGCUUUUUUUUUUUCACUGAAAUAGUCAGUAAUGCAAAAACCCUUAUGUUGUAGCUUUUACCUUUUUAGUUUGUGAAAGAAUCGUGUCGUGUGACCAUUUAUAUGAAACUCCUAAGACCUGCUAUUAUUAUAGUGUCUUCACUGGACUCUUAGCCUUCGUCGCAAGUGUUCCGUCGUAGACAGAGUUGGAACAAGAGCGAAAAAUGGGAAAUGAAGGGGGAAGGUGAGGGGAGAAUUGGAACGUCUCCCCUCCCCUACUCCCUACUUCCAUUUUUUCUCUCGCUACCUCCCUCACGCAAUACCUCGAUCGCAAACGCUUGCUGCGCAGGCUCAAUAAUGGACUCAGUGUUAACAGUUUUGUGUAUAUUAAAAUUUUUCAGGACACUGGACGUUGAGCAAAGAGAAGGUUUAAUAAAUAGCGUUCCAGAUGAAGAAAACGACUUAUGCAGCAAUAAAAAUGAACAUCUAUCUUAA